UCCUCCCUAAUCCCCCUCCCUCCCUCGCCCGCCCCCCAUCUCCCUCCUCCGCCCCGCCGCCAAGGCCAAGCUCCCUCGCCGCGCCAUGGCGACACCCGCCGCCGUCACCACCUCCUCGCUCUCCCUACUCUUCGCGCACCCCCACUCCCACCACCCCUCCACCAAGCAGCGCCUCGACAGGUCCCAUCUCCGCCUCCCGCUCCGCGCCGCGCCACGCCGCACGCGCUGCGCCGCCGAGGGCGCCUCGGCGUCGACCGCCACCAAGCACCGCCGCCCCGCGGAGGAGAACAUCAGGGAGGAGGCCGCGCGCCUCCGCGGGCCCGCCACGACCUUCUCGGCGUGGUACGAGCCGUUCCCCCCGGCCUCCGAUGGCGACCCCAACGAGCGCUACUCGCUCGACGAGGUCGUCUACCGCUCCAGCUCCGGCGGCCUCCUAGACGUCCGCCACGACAUGGAGGCGCUCGCGCGCUUCCCGGGCUCCUACUGGCGCGACCUCUUCGACUCCCGCGUCGGCCGCACCACCUGGCCCUACGGCUCCGGUGUCUGGUCCAAGAAGGAGUUCGUGCUCCCGGAGAUCGACUCCGACCACAUCGUCUCUCUGUUCGAGGGAAACAGCAACCUCUUCUGGGCCGAGCGCCUCGGCCGCGAGCACCUCGGCGGGAUGAACGAUCUCUGGGUCAAGCAGUGCGGCAUCUCGCACACGGGCUCCUUCAAGGACCUCGGCAUGACGGCGCUCGUCAGCCAGGUCAAUCGCCUCCGCCGGGCUCCGCUCUCGCGCCCCAUCAACGGCGUCGGGUGCGCGUCCACUGGCGACACUUCCGCCGCGCUCUCGGCCUACUGUGCCGCCGCGGGCAUCCCCGCCAUCGUGUUCCUCCCUGCCGACCGCAUCUCGCUGCAGCAGCUCAUCCAGCCCAUCGCCAACGGCGCCACAGUGCUCUCGCUUGACACGGAUUUCGACGGAUGCAUGCGGUUAAUCAGGGAGGUUACAGCUGAGCUGCCCAUAUAUCUCGCAAACUCACUCAACUCGCUUCGGCUGGAGGGGCAGAAGACUGCAGCCAUCGAGAUAUUGCAACAGUUCAAUUGGCAGGUACCGGACUGGGUCAUUAUCCCAGGAGGCAAUCUGGGCAACAUUUAUGCUUUCUACAAGGGGUUUGAGAUGUGCCGUGCUCUUGGGCUAGUUGAUCGUGUUCCACGGCUUGUAUGUGCACAGGCCGCCAACGCAAACCCACUGUACCGGUAUUACAAGUCUGGGUAUACUGACUUCCAGUCACUUGUUGCUGGAACUACAUUUGCAUCUGCCAUACAGAUUGGUGAUCCAGUGUCUAUUGACCGAGCGGUUGUUGCACUGAAGGCAACUGAUGGUAUUGUCGAGGAAGCUACAGAGGAGGAACUCAUGGAUGCGACGGCGCUUGCUGACCUCACUGGGAUGUUCGCCUGCCCACACACUGGGGUUGCACUUGCUGCUCUGUUCAAGCUGCGCGACCAGGGUAUAAUUGGCACUAACGACCGCACGGUGGUUGUUAGUACAGCACACGGGCUAAAGUUCACACAAUCAAAGAUCGACUACCACGAUAAGAACAUCAAGGACAUGUUGUGCCAGUAUGCCAAUCCACCCAUCAGUGUGAAGCCUGACUUUGGUUCUGUCAUGGAUGUUCUCCAGAAGAAGCUCAAUGGUAAGAUCUGAGCUUACCUUUUAUUAACCUCAAGAGUUCCAUCUUGUUUAUUGUCACAGCGGGUUGUACUUUGGUGACCGUAGUAUGGCGAUAUCAUCUUUAUUUUCCAGUACUAGGUUCUUGAGGCUCUUCUAACUAUAGGCAAAAGUGGAUAGAGCUUUCCUUGUACUUCAUCUGUAUCAUGUAAUAUCAAUAAUAAGAUAUGAUGUCAUGGUUGAAUAA